AUGGCUCCAGCUAAAGUUGACCCAGCAAAGAAGGUUGACCCCAAGGCCAAGGCCUUGAAGACUGCCAAAGCCGUGAAAGCAGGUUCGACAACCUUCAAGAAGAAGUCUAAGAAAAUAAGGACAAAGGUCACUUUUCACCGGCCGAGGACUUUGAAGAAGGAGAGGAAUCCUAAGUACCCACGCAUUAGUGCCCCUCCCCGCCAGAAGCUCGACCAGUACCAGAUCUUGAAAUACCCUCUGACCACAGAAUCGGCCAUGAAAAAAAUUGAAGAUAACAACACUCUGGUUUUCAUUGUCGAUAUCCGAGCUGAUAAGAAGAAGAUCAAGGAUGCCGUUAAGAAAAUGUAUGAAAUCCAGACCAAGAAAGUUAACACCCUUAUCAGGCCUGAUGGGACUAAGAAGGCGUAUGUUAGGUUGACACCCGACUAUGAUGCUUUGGAUGUCGCCAACAAAAUUGGAAUUAUCUGA